AACACCUGGCAUCGUGGGGCCUCCGGGUUUCCCAGGGCCCCCAGGACAAGAUGGUGCCCCUGGGCCUUCAGGAACCAAAGGUGAAAUGGGGAAGCUGGGGCCUCCAGGACCACCAGGACCUUUAGGAGUUCCCGGCAGGAGUGGUGCUCCUGGCUUUAAAGGUGAUGAUGGUCUGCCAGGUCAGGCAGGAUUUCCUGGUCCUGUAGGACAAAAAGGUGGAAGGGGUGAACCUGGGAUUCCAGGUCCCCCUGGACAAGUGGAUCCAAACUGUCUGACAAUAAAGGGGGAGAAAGGAGAACCGGGCUCACCAGGCAUUCCUGGUGUGUUGGGUCCAAGAGGUCCUCGAGGUAUUCCUGGAGACCCAGGACAACCUGGGCUGGCUGGACAGCCAGGUUCCCCUGGACCAUCGGGGCCUAGAGGUCCCCGGGGUGUUCCUGGAAAUGGACAAGUUCAAGGAAGGAGGGGAGACCCAGGCCCACCUGGGAAGCCCGGUUUGCCUGGUUUCAAAGGAGAUCAAGGCCCACCUGGGCCCCAGGGUGAUCCUGGCCGGCCAGGGCUCGUUGGAAUGAAGGGUAAUCCUGGCAUCCAAGGCAUCCCAGGAUUCCAAGGUAUGAAGGGACCUGAUGGUGCACCUGGUUCACCUGGCCCUGCAGGGGAUCCAGGCCCUAGAGGGCCUCCAGGCCCCCCUGGUUUUCCUGGUCCCUCUGGACAAGAUGUUAUAGUCAAAGGGGAUAUUGGGCCUCCAGGACCACCAGGUCAGCCAGGAUUGAAAGGUCUCCCAGGGAUUCCAGGACCUCAAGGCUUACCAGGUCCAACUGGCCCUCCAGGAGACCCCGGAAAGAAUGGACACCUUGGUGUUAAUGGCUCAGUAGGCCACAAAGGAGACCCAGGCCCAUCAGGCCAACCAGGUAGCCGUGGAGCGGAUGGUUCCCCAGGACCAGAUGGCUUGCCAGGCCCCCCAGGCCCCCCAGGAACCCUGUCUCUCGCUCAUGGAUUUCUCAUCACACGUCACAGCCAGACCACAGAGAUACCACAGUGCCCGGGAGGAACUGUCCAGAUCUACAGAGGGUUUUCUCUCCUUUAUGUGCAAGGAAACGAGAGGGCCCAUGGCCAAGACUUGGGGACAUCUGGCAGCUGCCUCCACCGCUUCAGCACCAUGCCUUUCAUGUUCUGUAACAUCAACAAUGUAUGCAACUUUGCAUCGAGAAAUGACUACUCUUACUGGCUGUCCACUCCCAAGCCUGUGCCGAUGAACAUGGAACCACUGAAGGGACAAGGCAUCUUGCCAUUCAUCAGUCGGUGCACAGUAUGUGAAGCCCCAGCAAUGGUGAUUGUGAUUCACAGUCAGACCACCCAGAUCCCCCGGUGCCCACGGGGCUGGGACUCCCUCUGGAUUGGCUAUUCCUUUAUGAUGCACAUGAGUGCUGGUGCAGAGGCCUCUGGCCAGGCCCUGGCCUCUCCUGGUUCCUGUCUAGAAGAAUUCCGUUCAGCCCCUUUCAUCGAAUGCCAUGGACGGGGAACGUGCAACUACUAUGCCAACUCCUACAGCUUCUGGCUGGCCACCGUGGAGGCGUCAGACAUGUUCAGGUGAGGUGCUCCUGGCUUCAGGUUAAAGAUCAAAAGCAGCCUUCUGAGCUGGUUAGAAGGCAGGAAACCCAGGGCCAAUUGUGACUUGGCUUAUUAGGUUGUGAUGGUUUACUCUCCCCGGUCCCAGAAAGCACAGGUAUCUCCUACUUUGGAGUUGGACUUUGGCCAUUAAUGAAUUUGGCCUUCAGAAAUCAGAACAAAGAAAGGUCCUUGGCCAGUAGCACCCAACAAGUUGGCAGCUGAGCCUGCCCGAGGAGUGAGGCUUCCCAGAAAAAGAGACAGAGACAUCUGGGCCUCAGAGCACAGAGAUAGACAUGUGUGCAGAGAACAAAGGCACACACACACACACACACAC